CUUUUUAAAAUAUAUAAGAUUUUUAAUGUUAAUGCUCUUGAUUAAGAUUAGUGAGGAGAUAAUAAUACUAACUAUUUAGAACCACCUUGUUUGUCUUGCAGCCAAUAGAAGUUUACUGAAAGUAACGAUCACACUCCACAUGGCAUGGAAGAUUUUAUAUCAUAUCAAAAAGGCAAAAAUUCCGAAGGACGAGGGUGCCAAACCAAAUAUGUCUGGGGUAUCUGUUGGUAAUGUUGGGCAGUUGGCUGUUGACCUUUUUCUUGCAAAUCUUGGUGAUAAUGUACAAAAGAUCAGUGCUAUAUAUGACGAAGCAGUUCUACCAGUAGUGGGAAAAGAUCAGUUUAAUCAAGGAACUUGCACAAGCUUAGAGUUAUUUAAAGGUAAUAAGAUCAUUCUUCUGCAACAAAGAUCUCCAUUUGCUAAGGGCAGAAUUCCUUCAUUCCGAAGAAAGUUAGUAAAAUGGAUUAAAGACUGUGAAUUCAGUGAUGUUUUUAUGUUAUCCAGUGUUAGUUCUCAUGUAAGGAAAGAUAAAGAUAUUGCCGGCUCAACAAUCCGGUAUCUGACCAAUUCACAGUGUGUGAAAGAGACGGCAGCCGACAAGUCAUGGUUGGAGUAUUGUGUCACAAAAAAUAGCGACAAAGAAGAUGACUAUCAUCUUCCUGGUGCUGGCAUUGUUAAAUCGUUAUAUGAAGAGUGCAAAAGAAAUAGUGUGACAUUCACUGCUUUUCUUAUAUUUUGUAACCCUGGCAACAACAUCGUUGAAGCAACACAAUUGGUCAUGCAUGCUAAUUCAUAUUUACAGUUAUUCAAAAUGGCAGAUGAUGAUCAACUAAAAAUGCCUUUAUCUUGGAAGGUCCCAUUGAAGUGUGAAACUGGUUACAUCUUUUAAAUCAACAUGGUGUCGCAGCUGUGAACACAUUAUGAUUAUAUAAUCUGACGUCACUUGUCAAGAAAACAAUACCUCAAUUGUCGAAUGGAAUUGUAGACCUGUUCAGACUUGUUGGCCUGUUUCUAAACUGAAAGUGGUAUAAAAAUGUGUACUAUGUAGAAGAUGUAAAUCAGAAAAGAGAAUAUUUUAGUAGCAAUGAAAAGUAAAAAAAGUAGCAA